CAUUAGCAACGCACCGAAAAUUCAUUUCAGUCAAAAUUCUGUAAAAUUUUAAAUUAUAAAAAUAAUCUGCGACUCAAUUGGCAAUAAUGUCGGCAAUAGGUUCUUGGGCUUACGCUUUAAUUUCGAAGUCUCAGUUAAGCUUACAAAAAAAGACGGAAAGACGGAACGCUUCCGUUCAAACAUUGUUAUCGGCCAGCGGAACUGGAACUGUUUCGAAGGAAUGGCUGCUCCGGAGUACAAAAGACACAGACCAUGAUGUUGACUAUAUGGCGAAGGACUUCGAUGAAGAUGAGACGAAAAAACCACAAAGAGUCCGUCGCAUUCGAAUUCCGGACAGACCGAUUCAUCAACAUGGCCUCUGGUCAAUGCUAAAGGAUUUCAUUGGUCAAAAUUUGACAAAUGUUGCACUGCCCGUUAACAUUAACGAGCCACUUUCACUUCUGCAACGCAUGGCUGAAACAUUCGAAUCAUCAUACCUACUGGACCGGGCAGCUGAUUGCGAAAACGUUUACGAUCAAAUGGCAUAUUUGGCUGCUUUUAGCAUAACUGGUUAUGCUGUAUCAGCGGAACGCACUGGAAAGCCAUUUAAUCCACUGCUGGGGGAAACGUACGAAUUCGAUAGGACUGAUGAUCUCGGCUGGAAAUGUUUAUUGGAACAAGUGUCUCAUCAUCCAUCCAUAUCAGCUUUGCAUUGUGAAAGUAAAAAAUGGACGUGGUGGGAAGAUCUUUGUGCCGAUUUAAGUUUUCGCGGAAAAUACAUUCGCAUUAUGCCGGGCGAUUACAGAUACGUCAGAUUCAAGUCUAAUCAAAAGACUUACCGAAUUGGCAGAGCUGAAACAUACAUCCAUAAUAUACUAUUCGGAAAGGUAUGGGUAGAUCAUUCGGGGAAAGUGAAAAUUACUUGUCUCGACGACGUCGCCACAUGUAACUUGACUUAUGUGCCGUCUUCUAGUUUUUCACGAUCCAAUCAGCGAAUGGUAACUGGAGAGAUUCGUGAUUCAUCUAAGGUGAAACGAUUAAUUCGAGCUAUUUGGAAUAAGCACAUUGAGAUAGCCUCCGAUUUGGACGACGAAAAUGGAGAAUUGAAUGACAAAACGGCAACAUUCGAAACGAUAUGGCAACGCAAACCACUAAGCCCACCAAGUGAGAAAUAUUACAAUUUUUCCGAUUUCGCUUGCCAGCUAAACGAAUUCGAAUCUUCUGUUGCACCGACCGAUUCACGCCAAAGACCCGAUUUAAGAUUGAUGGAAGAAGCAAAAUUUGAUGAAGCAAAUGCCGUCAAAUUGCGAUUAGAAAACAAACAGCGCCACGCGAUCAAUCAACGAGAUUCCGACAAUGCGGCAUCAUUGGUUGCGGGUGAUCGAGCUGCUCCGUACAAGCCGACCUGGUUCAGAAAAACGAUGAGUCCUGGAGUUGCCGGUGUAGAUGAGCCAGUUCACGUUUAUAUUGGCGGAUACUGGGAAGCUAAACGUAAGGGCGACUGGUCUAUGUGUCCCGAUAUAUUUUAGUGAAAAUAUUCGUCUAUACUUGAACAAUCUUUUGAAAUAAAAUGCUGAGGUGAUACUGAG